AUGUCUGAAUUUUCAUUCAAUUCAUGGGAUCCUCAGAAUCAUGUUCCUCGACUGGUCUCCAGAUCCGCAAGUAGGCACCCGACAGCGAGGCCGACAACCACAGCCACCAGCGUCGCAUCUCAGGACAUCGUCUGCGCUGUCAGUGAAUCGCGGGGCGUCUCCUCCACUGUUGGCCUAGCUUUUAUCAAUCUCGCAACAGCCGAAGCAGUACUGUGCCAAAUAUGCGAUAGUCAGACUUAUGUCAAGACGAUCAUCAAAAUCGGCGUCUUCGAGCCCAGCGAUAUUAUUUUCAUGAACACUGCCAAAGAAUCGAAGUUGCGUUAUAUCAUCCAAGAGAAUUUACCAGACCCUGUCUUCACCUUCCUAGACCGCAGAUGGUGGUCCGAAAAAACAGGCCACGAGUAUGUGGACCGACUCUCGUUUCCGGAAGAGGUUGAGUCGCUAAAAGUGACUCUGGGAGGGAACUAUUUCGCAGCGUGUUGCUUUGCAGCAGCUCUCAAAUAUGUCGAAAUCGAGCUCCAACGAUCUUUCACCCCUCGUUCGCUGCGGAUUCGGUUCGAACCGUCCGAGGGAUCUAUGACGAUUGACCUCGCAACCAUCGUAUCGCUCGAGCUCAUCCAAAAUUUACAAAAUGCCAAGUCCAAGGAGAGCUUGUUUGGCCUGCUUAACGAGACACUGACGCCCAUGGGAGCCAGGUUACUCCGGGCUAAUAUUCUUCAGCCCUCGACAGAACGAGUGAAGCUAACAGCGAGAUACAACGCCGUGGAAGACCUGACCACCAAGGAAGAUAUGUUCAUCACUGUCAGACAGGCACUCAAGGGAUUCAUUGAUGCAGACAAAGUGUUGACAGCGAUCAUCCUGGUGCCUACCAAGCAAACCGUGCAAUAUGUCGAGCAAUCGGUCAACAACGUGAUCAUGCUCAAGACUUACGUUUCUUCGAUCAAGACGAUCUUUCAGGCCCUCUCAACAGCCCAAAGUGACCUGCUUCGCACUAUACGCGAACUGUGUGCACCAGAAGGCCAUCAAGCGAUCGAGGAGCUCAUCAACGCAACCUUGAAUGAGCAUGUUACCUACCAGUCAAAGCCUCUUGACCUGAGAAACCAGCGCAUCUACUGUGUGAAGACCGGUGUCAAUAGUCUGCUUGACGUUGCCCGUCAGACAUAUAAAGAGGCCAACACAGAUGCCACGGAGCUGAUCGAGAAUCUAUCAGGCAAGCCCCAGCCAAAGUUGUAUUUGAAGUACGACACAGCCCGGCACUAUUACAUCUGCAUCCCUGCCACACAAUCAGGCCCACUGCCCGACAUUUUCAUCAAUGUGUAUCGCAAGCGCAACCGAAUCGAAUGCCAGACAUUGGAUCUCGUGAAACUCAACCAAAAAAUCACCGAUUCACACAGCGAGGUGAUCAACAUGAGCAACCGCGCUAUUCAAGACCUAAUCCACGACGUAUGCAGCGAGGUUUCCGGCCUCUUCCGAGUCAGCGAAGCAAUCGCAAUGCUCGACAUGCUCGCCUCAUACGCACAGCUAGCAACAAAACACGAAUACAUCCGACCCGAGCUAACAGACACCCUAGCCAUAAAAGCAGGACGCCAUCCAAUCCGCGAACAGAUCCACUCCAGCAAGUUCGUCCCAAACGACGCCUACGCAACGCCCCAAACCCGAUUCCAGAUCAUAACAGGCUGCAACAUGAGUGGUAAAUCAACUUACAUCCGUUCUCUAGCACUGACAACUGUAAUGGCCCAAAUUGGCUGCUUCGUUCCAGCCCAGUAUGCCUCUUUCCCAAUAUCUCACCAGCUCUUCGCCCGCAUCGCCACAUCAGAUGAUCUAGACGCAAACGUCUCAACUUUCGCUGCAGAAAUGCGCGAAAUGGCUUUCAUUCUGCGCAAUAUCCAGCCACGCAGUAUGGUGAUAAUCGACGAGCUAGGCCGCGGGACAGGUACCACAGACGGUCUCGCCAUUGCCAUCGCACUAGCCGAAGCCCUCAUCUCCAGUAAUGCCCUAGUCUGGUUCGUGACGCACUUCCACGAUCUGGCAGAGAUUCUCGCCCAACGCAGUGGUGUCAUCAAUCUCCAUCUUGCCGCUGAUAUUGCCUCCGAUGCAUCCAAAAUGACAAUGCAGUACCGCAUUGCCGAGGGCCUUGUUCCGCAUCGUCGAUACGGAAUUGCCCUUGCGCAAGUUGCUGAUCUGCCUCCGGCUGUAUGGGUCAAGGCACGUGAAGUAUCAGAAGCGAUGAACCAGCUGGCUCGUCGACGAAAUAGCUCAUCUCGUGCCAUGGCUAUUGCUCAGAAGCGGAAGUUGCUUUUGUCACUUCGGGAACAGCUUCUUCUUCUUCGCCGGGAGACGAUGGAUGAUUCGGCUCUUCGGGCUUUGUUGAUUCAAUUGCAGGACGACUUUGCGUUGCGUAUGAAUGCUAUCAAUCGGGAUAUGAAGUUGGAUGAAGGUGAUGGUGGGUUGGAGGGUGCUGCUAGGCCUGUCUCUGAGAUGUCGGGUAUUGAACCGGAACCUACACAGCCGGGUUUGAAUGAUGACUGUGCGGCCUCUCGAGAGAUCAGUAUCGAUGCCCCUCCACAGUCUGAGUCUGAGGAUGGCGCCGAUGAUGUGCAGCUGGUCUGA